CAUCAUUGUUGCCAAAGCUGUCGAUCUUUAAUCAUUUUCCAAGAUUAAAAUACAAAUACUCCGUCUUGUUUUAAUUUUAAUAAUAACAAAAUGGAAGAUUUUUUUUUAUUUCAACAUCCAUAAACAAAAAUAAAUUUAUUUUUAAUGCGCAUAAAUUCUUUGACUUUGACAGUGCUGCACAUUUUGCACAUGUCUGAAUUUAUAGGUUAUAAGGAAGUAAACAACAGUUAUUUAUUUGUUUUAAACAAAAUAAUUUUAAUUCGUCUCCGUUAAUAUUGUACAAGACAAUGGCAGAGCAGUACAAAUCCUUACAUCCAAUAAAAUUUUAUAGAGAUUAUUUGUCGCACGGGAUUCGACCCGAUGGUAGAGAAUUUAAUAAAUUUAGACCGAUUCUUCUUAAUGUAGGUACAAUUGAUACUGCAGACGGAUCAGCAAUUGCGAAAAUUGGAAAUACAACUGUUUUAUGUGGAGUUAAAGCAGAAUUAUGCAAACCUAAACCAGAAUCACAGGAUCAAGGGUUUUUAAUUCCAAAUUUAGAAUUAUCUCCACUAUGCUCACCCCAAUUUAAAUCUGGACCUCCUAGUGAUCAAGCACAAGUUCUUUCACAAUUAAUAUCAGACAUUAUUCUAAAUUCCAAAUGUAUGGAUCUCAAAGAGUUGUGUGUUUACCCAGACAAAUUGGCAUGGUGUCUUUUUGUUGAUUUUGAAUGUUUAGAUUUUGAUGGAUCUGUAGUUGAUGCAUGCAUACUUAGUUUUGUGGGAGCAUUAAAAACAGCAACUUUACCGUUUAUUGACUAUGAUCCAGCUGUUGAUAAUAUUCAUGUCAAUUUAGAAGAAAGAAGAGCAAUCAAUGUGCACCAUAUACCUGUGUCUACUACUUUUGCAAUACUUGAUGAUAAAUUCAUCCUGAAGGAUCCAACUGUAGAAGAAGAAAACCUGUGUACUGGGAUUUUAACGAUAGUAUUUAAUGAUAAUGAAUUAUGUUGCAUACACAAACCCGGAGGCAGUCCACUGGCUCAUAAAGAAUUACAGCAUUGUAUCAAGGAAUCCAAAGAAAGAGUACCGCUUAUUAAAAAUUUGAUAAACACCGCACUUAAAGAUCGUAAAUAAAGUAAUUUGUUCAUGUUUCAA